CUUCCGGCGGGCGGCGCUGGGGGCAGCGUGGGGUCCGGCCGGGCGGCAGCUCGCCCUCCGGAACCCGGCGCCGGGAACCAGGAAGCGCCUGGCGUCGGGCGCGGGGCGGCGGGCAUGGCGGGGCCCGGCUGGGGUCCCCCGCGACUGGACGGCUUCAUCCUCACCGAGCGCCUGGGCAGUGGCACGUAUGCCACGGUGUACAAGGCCUACGCCAAGAAGGACACUCGUGAGGUGGUAGCCAUCAAGUGCGUGGCCAAGAAGAGUCUGAACAAGGCAUCUGUGGAAAACCUCCUGACAGAGAUUGAGAUCCUCAAGGGCAUUCAACACCCCCACAUCGUACAGCUGAAAGACUUCCAGUGGGACAGUGACAACAUCUACCUCAUCAUGGAAUUCUGCGCAGGGGGUGACCUGUCUCGCUUCAUUCACACCCGCAGGAUUCUGCCUGAGAAGGUGGCUCGUGUCUUCAUGCAGCAGUUGGCUAGUGCCCUGCAGUUCCUGCACCAACAGAACAUCUCUCACCUGGAUCUGAAGCCACAGAACAUUCUCCUGAGCUCCUUGGAGAAGCCCCACCUUAAACUGGCAGACUUCGGCUUUGCACAGCACAUGUCCCCCUGGGAUGAGAAGCAUGUGCUCCGUGGCUCCCCCCUCUACAUGGCCCCUGAGAUGGUGUGUCAGCGGCAGUACGACGCCCGUGUGGACCUCUGGUCUGUGGGGGUCAUCCUAUAUGAAGCCCUCUUCGGGCAGCCCCCCUUUGCCUCCAGGUCGUUCUCGGAGCUGGAAGAGAAGAUCCGGAGCAACCGGGUUAUUGAGCUCCCCCUGCGGCCUCCGCUCUCCCCAGACUGCCGGGACCUGUUGCAGAGGCUCCUAGAACGGGACCCCAGCCGUCGCAUCUCCUUCCAGGACUUCUUCGCCCACCCCUGGGUGGACCUGGAACACAUGCCCAGUGGGGAGAGCCUGGCACAAGCAACCGCCCUGGUGGUGCAGGCUGUGAAGAAGGACCAGGAGGGGGAUGCUGCAGCUGCCUUGUCUCUCUACUGUAAGGCUCUGGACUUCUUCGUGCCUGCACUGCACUACGAAGUGGAUGCCCAGCGGAAGGAGGCAAUUAAGGCAAAGGUGGGGCAGUACGUGUCCCGGGCUGAGGAGCUCAAGGCCAUCGUCUCCUCCUCCAAUCGGGCCCUGCUGAGGCAAGGGGCCUCUGCCCGAGACCUGCUCAGAGAGAUGGCCCGGGACAAGCCGCGCCUCCUUGCUGCUCUAGAAGUGGCUUCAGCUGCCAUGGCCAAGGAGGAGGAAGCUGGUGGGGAGCAGGACGCCCUGGCCCUAUACCAGCAUGGCCUGGAGGAGCUGCUGCUGCUGCUGGCAGCGGAGCCCCCAGGCCGGAGGCGGGAGCUGCUUCACACUGAGGUUCAGAACCUCAUGGCUCGAGCUGAAUACUUGAAGGAGCAGGUCAAGAUGAGGGAGUCUCGCUGGGAAGCCGAGACCCUGGACAAAGAGGGGCUGUUAGAGUCUGUUCGCGGCUCUUGCACCCUGCAGUGACCUCAGAAGGAUGACUGGACAGACCACGAGCCCCCUGGAGUUGGGGACACAGUCACCCAGGCUGACGCCCAGAAUUCCGUGGCCCUCUGCAACACUGCAGAGCAGCCUUCCUAGAUGGGCAGCUCUGAGUCCCCCACAUCCCAGGGUCCCCAGCACCCCUCGCGGGUCAGAUGGCCCAUGGUGUGUGCUGGGGGCGCUGGGCCUUGGCCCUGGGGGAGGGGAGCAGGGCUCUGUGAGAAGAGUGUUUCUUUCAUGUGACUUGUGUUACUUGGUGGUGGCUGGGCCCUGAGCCUGUCGAUUUGGGGGCAUCAAGCCUUCUGUUUUUGAUCUGAGAAAAAGGCAAGGGGCUCUCACCCCCUCCCUGCCAGCUGGCAGCUGCACCCCUGUCCUUUCUGGGAGCCCUUAUUGCCUCCCUCCUUGCACUGGAAUGGGGCACUUCAAGACCCCUCAGGGACCACCCACCCCACAGUAUGUACUCAGCCCUGUAGAACUCACUGGUCUUCUGGGAGCUGAGCCCUGUCCACCCUCUCUGUAUUCUAAGAUAAUCCUUCAAGCAUGAAAAUAAUCUUCUUUUUAGGGGUAGGACAAAUCUGAGAAACCCAUGCUUUGUUCCUGCCCUGGCCCAGGGGGCGCAAGGGCAGGGUCCUCAAUCCUCAUCCCUCCCACCUCCAUCCUCUUUGGGGAACACCCUACUUGCCACAGAGCUGAUUCUGGCCUGGGAGGAGGCAUGGGGGUGGCCUGACCAUCAGACUGUGGCCCGGCAAGGCCCUUCCCCUCUCCGCCUGGAGCUCCACGUCUCCAGUGGGGCUGUGAAUACCUCCUCAGUCCCCUGUAGGGACUCUGAGGAGGAGAGGGUGACUUUAAUCUGAAGAAGAAUGUACACACCUGGAGUUACUUAGGGGUUUCUUUUAAAAAAUCACAGAGGGUGUGUGUGUGAGAUUUCUCUCUGCCCUUAAAAACCUCCUUGGGGCAAGAGUUGUCUUUCUGCCCAGCAGGUGGCUGGGCUUGGAGAAUGUAAUUCAUUGUUUCUCUAUUAAAUUAUUUUCUGACGG